AUGAGCACCAAUUCUCAACCGGCAGUCCAGCCCCGCUUCCAAACACUCUUCACCGAGCUUGAAAAACGGUUCCAAGCAACUAGCCUUGGUGACGAUAAAUGGUAUAUCCUGGCCACCUCGACCAUAGCCGCCAGCCCCGACCCGGAGAGCGCAGAGCAGCUCUACCUGCACCUUAUAAGCCAACCAGCAUACUCUACAUCACCGGCCCGCCAGGCCUUAGUCCGACGACUCCGCGAGGCAUUGGUAAAAGCAGUGCCUAUUGUCGGAGUCUGUAAGCCUAUUGAAGCUAUCCUGUCGAUCAGCAAGGUCGAGCGCGACGAGGACAAAGAUUACACAUUCACCCGCAAAGACUGGCAAUGCGACCAAGCGAACCAUGAUCGCGGCGCAGCAUGGAUGCAGAAAUUGUAUGCGCGCAAUACGGGCGGAACUCUCAAUCUUUUCAAUGCACACAAGGACUUCUCAUGGCUGUCUGAGGAGAUCACCUAUGGCUUAUAUCUAUCGGAUCGCCAGGUCCUGGAUGACGUGGAUACCCAGUUGGUUGUGCUGCCCGGCAUCAUGAGCCAGAAUCUGCCUAACGAGACUCAUUGGCAUAUCCGUGGAACGAGGCGACUUGGACUUCCUAAGUCGGAAGUCCAAGUGAUUUGGGAUUGUGUUCAACUAGUGGCUCAAUUUUUCGAAGUGAAGCUGAAUAAGGUUCCUACGGUUGAGGCGGUUGAGUAUGAUGUUUGA